CUUUAUAGAGAUGGUUGAUAACAUGGGCAAUAAUUCAGAGAGGGAAGGGUUUAAGUACCAUUUUGCUGGUGCUAGUACUUCCUCAGGUGAAGAUGGUGUCAUUAAAGAGCAAGAUCGGCUGCUACCUAUAGCUAAUGUGGGGCGGAUCAUGAAGCAGAUCCUGCCUUCUAAUGCAAAAAUCUCCAAAGAAGCCAAAGAAACCAUGCAGGAAUGUGUGUCUGAGUUCAUAAGCUUUGUUACUGGAGAAGCUUCAGACAAGUGUCAUAAGGAGAAGCGCAAGACAGUGAAUGGGGAUGAUAUUUGUUGGGCUUUGGCAACUCUAGGUUUUGAUGACUAUGCUGAGCCUUUGAGAAGGUAUUUGCAAAGGUAUAGAGAGUUGGAAGGAGAGAGAGCUCAGCAAAGUAAGGGAAGCAACAAUGAAGAAAAGAAUGAAACAUCAGACUAUGGAGUUGAAACACCAAGGAAAGCUGCAGUUCCAACUACUCCCUUGAAGUUCAAUGUGAUUGAUAGGAGUAAUAGCUCUCUGUCGAGGCGAUUUUGAAAUAUAUGAAGCAUGGUAAUAAUUUCUAGUCUUGUAUUAAUUAAGAUUUUGAUGGUGAUGAUGUUGUAUACAUGAUCAUAUAGUUGGAAGGGAGGGUUUGAG